CCGUUGGAUUGCCUUUUAUUUCAGACCCCCAUGCUGCAGAAAUCAGUUGAGAGAUAUGCCCCAAAAUCUAGGGGCGAGAUCAGUUUCAUAGAUCAAAUUUUAUUGUGAAAUUGGAAAAGCGGACAUUUGAUUAUUAAAUCCCUAGAUGCAUAGACUUACGGGGAAGUAUACGUAAAGGGAUGGCGGAGGAGGGAUCGGAGAGGGAAAAUGUGGGGUUGGGGUCCAUGGAUUCGUUGGAGUCGCGAUGGGUGUAUCAGGACGAGGAGGGGUCGGAGAUGGACAAUGACGGAGAAGAUUUUGGAGGAGGGUCUCCGCUGCGCGAUUCUGACGACGAAGAUAAUAUCGAACAUAGGUUGAUUCGGACGGGGCCGAGGAUUGAUUCGUUUGAUGUUGAGGCACUUGAAGUUCCCGGUGUGCAGAGAAAUGAUUUUGAGGAUAUCACUUUGAGCUGGAGAAUCAUACUGGCUUUUCAGACACUUAGUGUCGUUUUCGGUGAUGUGGGAACUAGUCCAUUGUAUACUUUCAGUGUGAUGUUCAGCAAGGCACCACCCACUAGCAAUAAAGAUGUUCUUGGUGCAUUGUCUCUAGUUUUGUACACGUUAGUUUUGAUUCCACUUAUCAAGUAUGUCCUUAUUGUUCUUUGGGCAAAUGAUGAUGGUGAAGGUGGUACGUUUGCUCUGUACUCAUUGAUCUGUAGGCAUGCUAAAGUUAGUCUUCUACCAAACCAACUUCCAUCAGAUACUAAUGUAUCGAGCUUCGGACUGAAGGUGCCAUCACCUGAACUGGAGAGGUCACUGAAAAUAAAGGAGAGACUUGAAGCUUCUCUGACACUAAAAAGGCUUCUUCUCAUGUUGGUUCUGGCCGGUACUUCAAUGGUGAUAGCUGAUGGCGUUGUUACACCUGCUAUGUCAGUUGUAUCUGCUGUUGGUGGCUUAAAGAUUGGAGUUUCAGAGAUUAAGCAAGAUCAUGUGGUGAAAAUCUCGGUUGCAUGUAUUAUAAUUUUGUUCAGUGUACAGAGGUAUGGAACAAGUAAAGUGGGGCUUGUAGUUGGUCCUGCCUUGUUCCUGUGGUUUUGUUCUCUUGGGGGCAUUGGCAUAUACAACAUUAUCAAAUAUGACGCUAGAGUUUUCCAGGCAUUUAAUCCAAUUCAUAUCUAUCAUUUCUUUAAGCGCAAUUCAACCAAGGCCUGGUAUUCCCUUGGUGGCUGCCUUCUUUGUGCUACAGGUUCUGAGGCAAUGUUUGCAGAUCUUUGCUAUUUUUCCGUGAGAUCAGUUCAGCUUACCUUUGUGUUUCUUGUAUUACCUUGUCUUCUACUGGGUUACCUGGGUCAAGCUGCUUAUCUUAUGGAGAACCAUGCUGACACAACACAGGCAUUCUUUGCUUCUGUUCCAAGUGGAGCUUUCUGGCCUAUCUUCCUCAUAGCCAAUGUCGCUGCUUUGAUUGCUAGUAGAACUAUGACUACAGCGACUUUCUCAUGCAUUAAACAAUCGACAGCACUUGGCUGCUUUCCUCGUCUUAAAAUUAUACAUACCUCGAGGAAGUUCAUGGGCCAAAUUUAUAUUCCAGUUAUGAAUUGGUUUCUACUGGCGCUAACCCUGGUUUUAGUCUGCAGUAUCUCAAAUAUUUAUGAGAUUGGAAAUGCAUAUGGCAUUGCUGAACUCGGAGUCAUGAUGAUGACAACAACCUUAGUAACUCUUGUGAUGCUUCUUAUAUGGCAGAUAAACAUUCUUAUUGUGCUGAGUUUUGCAUUUAUUUUCUUGGGAUUGGAGUUGACUUUCUUUUCUUCAGUUUUAUGGAGUGUGGGAGAUGGAAGUUGGAUCAUACUGGUGUUUACUAUUAUCAUAUUUAUAGUAAUGUAUAUCUGGAACUAUGGGAGCAGGCUAAAGUAUCAGACAGAGGUGCAGAAAAAGAUGUCGAUGGAUUUGCUUCGGAAAUUGGGUCCCAACCUAGGCACUGUGAGGGCUCCUGGCAUUGGCUUGCUUUACAAUGAGCUAGCCAAAGGCGUACCUGCAAUAUUUGGACAUUUUCUUACUGCUCUACCUGCUGUGCAUUCAAUGAUCAUAUUUGUAUGUAUAAAGUAUGUUCCAGUAUCUGUUGUACCUCAAAGUGAAAGGUUUCUGUUUAGGCGAGUCUGCCCCAGAAGCUACCACAUAUUUCGUUGUGUUGCCAGAUAUGGCUACAAGGAUGUCCGCAAAGAAAACCACCAGAUCUUUGAGCAGAUGCUGAUUGAGAGUCUUGAGAAGUUCAUUCGCCGGGAAGCUCAGGAAAGGUCUCUAGAGAGCGAUGGUGAUUGCGAGUCUGAUUCUGAAGAAGAGAAUUCUUCAUCAAAAACUCUAAUAGCUCCCAACGGGAGCGUUUAUUCACUUGCUGUCCCUCUCCUAGCCGAGUUCAGUGAUACAAGCAAGUUCAUUCCACAAGCAAGAAUGUCGGAAGAAGAGAAGCUAGAGACCUCUACUGAUGAGAUGGCUGUUGAUGCCGAGCAAAGCCUUGAGAAGGAGCUGUCUUUCAUACGCAAGGCAAAGGAGUCUGGGUUUGUAUAUCUUAUUGGCCAUGGAGAUAUUAGGGCAAGGAAGGAUUCUUGGUUCAUAAAGAAGCUUGUUAUUAAUUAUUUUUAUGCUUUCUUGAGAAAGAACUCCAGGAGGGGAACUGCAAAUUUGAGCGUUCCGCAUUCACAUCUGAUACAGGUGGGCAUGACUUACAUGGUCUGAACUUUUGGAUUACGAUUGAAUUCUAUAACACCAAGUCGAACAAGAAUCUGGCUAUCUAACUGGUUGAGGAACUAGUCAUACUUUUGCAGCCACCGGUAGGUUUUGACAUGGGAUCCAGGUUUUUUAUACAUGAAGUUCUUGGAUGCUCCUUAAAUUGUGCAUUGGAGGAAUUUUGUAAAUCUCAGUGCUAUUUCUUUUUCUUUUCGUUUUUUGAAGGAAAAUAUCAUAGUUGGAGCUGUUUCUGUGAACUUAUUUAUAUGAAUGUGAUCUUCAAAAGUGCAA